GUCAGAAUGAUUUAGUAAUCAUUUUGGUUUUUCAUCCACCAGAGUCAUGUCGUCCACCUCCGAUGCGCCGACAAAGAAGAAGGCAAUGGCGAUUAUCACGAUUGGCAUGGCUGGAGCAGGGAAAUCUACCUUUGUCCAGAGGAUAAAUUCAUAUCUUCACUCAAAGGACUCACCUCCGUAUGUGUUGAACCUGGAUCCAGCGGUGGCCUUUUUGCCUUUCGAGGCGAACAUCGACAUCCGAGAUACUGUCAAUUACAAAGAGGUCAUGAAGCAGUAUAAUCUCGGUCCUAACGGAGGAAUCUUAACGGCCCUCAAUCUGUUCACUACUAAGUUCGAUCAGGUUCUAUCGCUGGUGGAGAAGCGUUCGGAUUCAAUCGACUACGUGAUACUAGACACACCAGGCCAAAUCGAAAUCUUUACCUGGUCUGCUUCUGGAGCUAUCAUUACUGAUGCUGUCGCUUCUUCUCUUCCAACUGUGGUCGCGUACAUCAUCGAUACACCUCGUGCCUCAGCCCCCGCUACCUUUAUGUCAAAUAUGCUGUAUGCCUGCAGUAUCUUGUACAAAACAAAGUUACCCUUUAUAUUAGUCUUCAACAAAACUGACGUCCAGCCGCAUGAUUUUGCACUGGAGUGGAUGCACGACUUCGAAGCGUUUCAAGAGGCAUUAGCUACGCAUGGUGGCACGCGGGAUGCUGAAGGCGAACCUACGUACAUGAACAGUCUAAUGAACAGCAUGAGUCUUGUUCUAGAUGAAUUCUACAAACAUCUCAAGGCUGUCGGUGUGUCCAGCGUGACGGGAGACGGGAUCAAAGAGUUUUUUGAUGCAGUCGAAGCUUCUAGAGAGGAGUAUGAAACACAAUACGUACCUGAUCUUGAACGCGCUCGUGCCACUCGGGAAAAGGCGCUUCAGGACGCUAAAGCAGAUUCAAUGGAUAGGAUGAUGAAAGACCUAGAGGUUGACAGAGCCCAACAUCCUGAGGCGGCGGCGCAAGAUCGAUGGGAUCCUGAAGAGGAGAACGAGGAGGGUGAAGAUGAGGAUGUCGACGUCAAUAUCAUCGAUAGAAGUGAAGAGCGUUGGCCAGGGGAGUACAUUGAUGUUACUCGGGCUCAGCGACAUGGAGAUGAAGGCAUCCAUUGGCCAAGACCCGGAUAAUGGAUAUCAAAUUAUCUCACAGGUUCAUAUCCGGUUGGCAGGAUUUGUGUUACUUUGCAGCGGCAGCGCGUCAUGGAGACAACGAUCAAAGUGGAAAGACGCGCAAAAAUACCGACAAUGGGAAUGCCAUCCAGCUUUCGUAACUUGCCCUCAUUAGACCUUUUUCGGUUCUGUAAUCAGACCGAGGUCGUGUUGUUGUUCUUAUAAUCGCCCUCUAUGUAUGUUAUGCCGUACUUACAGAAUGUAGAAAUUAUUCCGGAACACACAUGGAUAAUAUACUAGGUGGUGUAGCCUGCA